AUGCUUGAAGGAAAGAGAGUAGUUUCAGUGGAUUCUAAUUCCGUAAGGUUUUAUGAUGCAACAACUGGAAGCUCUCUUACCAAAUAUGAUAUGAGUCCUCAAUGGUUGAGUGGUUCUAUAUGUGUGGAUCGUUUGGCUGAGAAUUCAUUUUUCGUAAUGAUUGACAGGAAUAUUGAACGAUUCGAAUAUGUGAAUGGAGAAUGGAAACAAGAAAUAAUUUUUGAACAACCUGGAUCAUUAGUGGAUUUCAUUGAUAUGGAUAGACUAUCUGGAUUGAUAUAUUUCAUUAUUAAUCCUGCAUUUGGUAAAUUCAAGGCAUUUGUUAUUGAUAGAGAUGGAAAGUUAAUUUUGAAAAAGAAAUUACCCCAUGGCUCGUCAGGUCUUUGUCUUGAUAGAUUUACUGGAAGAUUGUUUGUUGCUCAUGAUACUUUCAUUUACGUUUAUGAAUGA